AUGAUGCCGACUUCGCGAGAUGCGGUGGCCUCAGGUUCAACAGAGAAAGAAGUGCAAGCGAAUCAUGGGGUAGAGUUUGACGCGUCCGAGCGGCUCCGGCUGAUGCAGAGCGGUUUACCGCUUUGUAUUUUCUUGGAGUCGUCGGAGGUGGUGGCUAUAAAGCCCCCCGCUCCCCUCUACAUAUUUGUGCCUCGCGUUUCGUAUUUGCCUACGUUGAUAGACAAGUGCCACGAGCAUUUCAAGCCGUACAUCCAGCCGUCCUUUGGCCAGCCGACAUCGCCGUUCUUCGACUUUGGCGGAAUACCGAUUGACUGGCGGCUGCCGAUUGGCGUUGCGUUCGACAUAUUGAGCUCCAUGAAGGGGGGACGAGCCCAGCGGCUGACUGCUUCUGUUGCAGAUUGCUCAGCAGCAGACGCGGGUUUUCAUGAGUUGGCGGCCUGCGGGUGUGACGUGCAGCUGCCCUGGUGUUUGACGAUUCAUUUUCACGGCUCGGCCUCCAGCUACCUCAGCGGAGGUUCAACCAAAGUGUUUUCUUCUCCGGGGUUCGUUGGCUGGGCUGGCUUCGAGAGUUUCUUCAUCAACUCCCUCAAGCAGGCGACCUACAUCAUCAACGGGUCUGCAGUGCCUUUCCAGCGACUCCCCAAGGCAGCUGAAAUGCAGCUGCUCACCGCCUCACGCACCGGGGCGAUUGCAGAUUUCCUUGAGGGCUGCAGUCAGCUGCUGCCGCCUAUGACCCCCAGACACUUCCGCCGUAUUCCUGUGCGGCUGUACAUUUGUGGGCCGCCUUGCUUCGAGCUUUCUCUCAGCUUUCCCUGCUUUCAGACCAGCAGAUUCAGUACUCCAGCCAGCACCCUUGACGACAUCUGCAACCCGUUCAAACAAAGCGGAAACGAGGCAAAUCAUCUAGGCAGCGAAGAGACAUCAAAGGGGUCAUCAUCAUCUGCUGCUGAUGCUCCUGCUGCUCCUAAACCCUCUCACCCUCGAGGGGGCCCUGCCUCCUCGGACACAGGGGCCCUCUCCACCCUCGGUGACCUCGUCCACUACGUUCUGCCCCAGUUGUUCCCCAAGAAGACGAGCAGCAGUUCGGAGCAGCCAGCAUCAUCCUCAGCAGCAGCAGCAACAGCGGGCGGCAACAGCUGCGACGACCCGCUGGAGGACCAGCUUCGCAAGAAGCUGCAGGUGAUUGAGGAGCCGGGGUAUGACAUCGGCAGGCGUUCGUGUUGUGUUAUUGUUCAUGGAGUGCAGCCAAUGCUGCAAACCCCUCUGUUCUGGCUCGCGGCCACUGCCCCUCAGCUCGACCUGUUUCUACACAUUGUUGUUCUCGUUGAUGAAGCGCUCAUGGGGACUGUUGACCUCUUUUAA